AUGCAUGACUUGGAAAUCCUCCGGUCCGGAAGCUAUCGCCGUCAAGGUCUGCAGAAGCUCAAAAUCACCGGAACUUUGGAUCAAUUCCCCCCUGAAAUUCUGGACCUGGCCGAAACCCUCGAAUAUCUAGAUCUCUCCGGGACUGGCAUUUCCGUCCUCCCGGAUGACUUCAGCCGACUGCGCAAGCUCAAGGUCGCCUUCUUUUCAGACUGUCAGUUUGCCGUGUUUCCCAAGCAGCUGUCAACGUGUCCCGAACUUGACAUGGUGGCAUUCCGCUCCAACGGCAUGACGGCCAUCCCGGAAGAUUCCUUACCGUCCAAGCUGCGUUGGCUCAUCCUCACAAACAACCGCAUCGAGGCACUGCCCAGAAGCAUCGGUCGCUGUUCUCGACUCCAGAAGUGCAUGCUUGCUGGCAACAAUCUCACAAGUCUACCGGAUGACAUGGCAGCCUGCAACAAACUUGGCCUGCUUCGUCUGUCCGCGAAUGACUUCUCCGACUUGCCGAAGUGGCUGUUUGAACUCCCCGAACUCGCCUUUCUAUCAGUGGCCGGUAACCCCUGUUGCUCCAUCAGUCUCGAGGAGGAGCUCGCUCUGCUGCGCAAGGUGGACUGGGAAGAUGUUGAAAUGAGGGAGUUGCUGGGUCACGGAGCCUCUGGCGACAUCUUCAAGGCGAGGUGGAUGCUCGCCGACUCCGUGGUAGAAGAGGUGGCCGUGAAGCUGUUCAAGGGAGAGGUGACGAGCGACGGGACACCUCUAGAUGAAAUGGGCGCCUGCUUGGCAGCAGGUUCGCACGAUAACCUCAUCAGCACUUUGGCUAGCAUUCAGGGCCACCCAGAGAAGCAUGGGCUCAUCAUGCAGCUCAUACCACCUCAGUAUAGGACUCUAGGCCUGCCGCCUUCCUUGCAGACUUGCACCCGAGACCGGUACGAUCCAAGCAAGAAGCUGUCAGUCAAGGUUGUUGUUGGGCUCUUGAGUGGCAUUGCUGCGGCUGCUCGUCACCUUCACAGCAGAAAGGUUUCUCACUGUGAUCUCUAUGCACAUAACAUUCUCUCCAACGAUGAGGGGCAUGCUCUGCUGGGCGACUUUGGGGCAGCAACGAUCUACGAGCACCUCGAUGGAUUCAACUUUGAGAAGCUAGAGGUCCUCGCUUUUGCUCACCUCAUUGAUGAUAUGCUUGGAGUGGUUCAAGCUGAGGAGAGCGAUCAUUUUCGGCAGACUCUGCAAAGCUUGCGGGAAUUGUACACCCGCUGCUCGAGCUCAACUGUCUCCGAGAGACCUACCUUUGCCGACGCAGUCUAUUUUCUCCGAACUUUGGUAUGA